AUGGAGCUUCGUGUGAAAUAUUUCGGGUUUUUUCUUCUAGUAGUGAUAGGAAGUCUUCAACAAGUUUUGGCACAGUGUCCUAGCAACCCGUACCGAACAUUCGAUGGAACCUGCAAUAAUAUUCAAGUCCCGUCCUGGGGUGCCGCUAAUACACUGUUUACACGGUUGCUUCCACCUAAAUACAGUGAUAGAAGAUCUCGGCCAGCAUUAGCCAAGGAUGGUAGUGAGUUGCCUAAUGCCCGACUGCUUUCGGUUAAAGUUUUCGAUGAGGGUGAACAGAACAGUCCGGAGUUCUCGCUGCUUAACAUGCAGUUUGGCCAGAUCGUGGCUCACGAUAUGGCCCUAACGCGUGGAGUUCGUGAUCAGUUACCGUGCUGUGCCAAUGGUCGCUUACAGCCUAAUCGCGACCCGAGAUGCUUUGCCAUUCCCGUAUCUCCCGAUGAUCCCGUGUUUUCUGCCCGAGGAAUAGAGUGCUUGAGUAUGAUCCGUACCCUCACCAACUGCGAUGAGAAUCCCUCUAACUGCACAAGGGCAGAGCAGAUCAACGCCGUAACGUCGUACUUGGACCUAUCCAUCGUAUAUGGGAACUCCGUUGAAGAAGCUCAAGCACUCCGGGAGCCUAACACCGGUUUCUUGAAAGUUGAAAUACGCGAUGGUCAAGAUUGGCCACCGAGACAUCCGAGCGCAGGUGCCACCUGUACCUUGAAAACUCCCAAUGAUGCUUGUUAUCUCACUGGUGAUGGACGAGCAAAUCAGAGUCCUCAUCUCGCAAUACUUCAAACCGUCUUUGUACGGGAACACAAUCGUAUUGCCAGGGAAAUGCAACGUCUUAACGGUAAUUUGAACAACGAAGAAGUGUUUCAACGGGCUCGUCAUCUCAAUAUCGCUCAGUACCAGCACAUCGUGUACUAUGAGUGGUUGCCAAACUUCUUGGGUCGAAGCUACAUGUUGGAAAAUCAAUUGAUAUAUCAACCAAGAUCUCUAACGAACGAUUACAAUGCCUUUACGAAUCCUUCGGUUAUCAACUCCCAUACGACCGCUGCCUUCCGAUUUUUUCACUCCUCGAUACAGGGUACGCUGAAACUCUACGAGGAAAGUCGCAUAUCCAUGGGCAAGAUCGACAUCAACGAUCAUACCAACAAUCCUACGAUUUUGGAGGAAGCUUCCGAUCGAUAUGCUGAUCUACUUCGUGGUUUGACUACUCAGCCGAUGGGACUUCAUGAUACUAGUCUCGAUCCUGCCACCAAGCAUUUCCUCUUCCGCUUCAACAACAUGUUCGGAACGGACCUUAAAUCGCUCGACAUCCAGCGUGCUCGCGAUCAUGGCCUGCCCGGAUACAAUGAUUUUGUUUUUUACUGCUUCCAAGAGCGUGUUGCAACUUGGAAUAAUUACAACAAACUUCUACUACCUGAGGCAAUUGAGCUACUGAGCACGUACUACAAAUCGGUUGACGAUCUCGAUCUGUCCGUCGGGUUGGCGUUCGAGAAGAAGAUCGACGGUACGCAGACUGGCCAAGUAAUGCAGUGUAUUAUGGGCGAGCAGUUCCGACGUACCAGAAAGGGCGACCGGUUUUUCUACGAAAAUGGAAACUAUUUCACUAGUACGCAAGUGACAGAAAUUCGCAAAGCAAACAUGGCACGCAUUCUGUGUGAUACUGCCCGUGUAAACCGUGUGGUAGCAGUCACACAGAUGCAGCCUGCCGCAUUCCUUCUGCCAUCAAGCACGAAUCAGUUGCGAUCAUGCUUUUCAAAUCCCACUCCUAGUAUAAGAGAAUUUAUACAAACAAAGUACGAUUAG